AUGGUGAUCUCCACGACACUUUCCAGGGUGCAGGACAUCGCCAACCUGCCAGUGUCGCAGCCCAUACCAACAAUAGCCAAGUUGGCUGAGGCAGACGAAGUGGAGUUUCAGUGCCUGCUGGCCACUGAACAGCAGAAAGCACAACUCCUAACAGAGGUGCACCACAUCAGGGAGCCAUGUUGGGAUGAGUGUGUGGAAAACCUAGAGAACUGGCUAGACUCUUGUACUGAAAACUGCAUCACUAGCUGUGUGGACUGCUUCACUAACACUCUUGCCAUCACUGGUCAGUUUGCACAGAAUGUCCAGAAAGGAGGUCAGUAG